AUGUCAGCAAUAUCAGUAGGGGAAUCUUCAAAGACGGAGGAAAAUAGGAAAAAUCCAAUGCUUUCUUCAAGAAUUGACCAUCCUUUAUGCAUAUUCAGUGGUUUCUCUCAAGUUUCAGGAGACAGAGACCACAGCAAUCAAGAAGUUUUAUCUGCUACAAGUGUCAAGAUUCCAUAUAUUGAAAAAUUGCCACCAUAUACAUCUUGGAUAUUUUUGGACAGAAAUCAGAGGAUGGCCGAAGAUCAGUCAGUUGUUGGAAGAAGACGUAUAUACUAUGAUCAACAUGGAAGUGAAGCACUGAUAUGUAGUGACAGUGAGGAAGAGUCAACAGAACCUGAAGAAGAAAAACAUGAAUUUUCCGAGGCUGAGGACCGUGUUCUAUGGAUGGCAUUUGAGGAACAUGGGUUAAAUGACGAGGUAUUGAAUAUUUUUAGCCAGUUUGUUGGGGGCACCAGUUUAGAAAUUCAGGAGAGAUACAAAAGUAUCAAGGAAAAGAAUAUUGGUAGGUUGGACCAGCAUUCAGAAGGCUCAGGGAAAUAUGAAUCUCCUAUUGACAUAUGUCCAGGGAAAAGCCUGAGUGCUGCAUUAGAUUCUUUUGAUAACCUUUUCUGUCGCCGGUGCCUGGCCCAUUUUGUUAACAUUCAUCAGGAAAAGCAAGAAGAAAAGGAGGGAGCUGCUAGGGACCACAUGCCUGCAACGCGCGAGAAGCGCGUAACCCCUGCUGAGCUGGAGAAGAAAAUCGUGCAAAGAAGGAAAUGA